AUGGAAUAAUAUAUAUUUUGAAAGACAUGUAGCCCAUAUCUAACGCUUAAUAUGCAUUGGAAUCCGUCGCAGCUGCAUGGUAUAUCUGUAUAUCCUUGAAUUGUCUUAUGUAGGAUAUGUUAUAUUCGUCUGCCGAGGAUUACAUGUAAGUGUAUAUGCAGAAGACGUGUUCGGAAUGGCCAAUGUAGCCCUCACCUCACAAGAAGAAGCCGACGAAUUAGACAGGUGUUUCAGGGAAUUUGUCAGCCUGACCUUUACAGAGAGGAGGCCGACUCCAGAGGAAAAGGAACACAUGAACAUCAAAGCCUGCGCAAAACUCGUCAAGGAUUGCUUACCAAAAGAGGUGGUCGGAAUUGCAGACUACAUCUUUCCCAGGUUUAGAGAAAGAGGGAUAAAACAAACGAUGGCAGUAUCAAACUUUCUGCCCUUCAUCGAAGAAUGUGCUUUCGAGUACGCCAAACUGAAAACAAAAGACACCAAGCUAGCUAAAGACAAUCCGGCUGUCGGGAAAUACUUUAUGGAAUUCAAAAAGGAUAUUAUAAGAUUUUCACCAAACAUUCCAAAAGUGAAAGAACGUGUCGCAGGUUUGGAAGAUACCUCUAUUGAAUGACCAAGACAUACAGAAGGAAAUUUCAUAAUCAGCAGUUUGACUACCAGGACAUGGCCAGUGGAGUCACUGACUUGGCAGAUGUCGUCAGGGGAUAACUUUAAAACACGAUGUCAGUUUUCACAGACAAAAGGAACAAAACAAUCCAAGAGUAGGACCGUAACAGUUUCCAGGAUUUGUCUCCUGCACGAGUGGAAAGAUUUUGUAUACGCAAGAAAAAACUGUAAACAUUUGAAUACAGUUCUGUGCUCGCUUUCAAAAAACAUAUAGCUCAGGAC